AUGAAACAAGUACUAAUCCCUCUCUUCAUACACGGAGCCGACACUUGUAUUGAUUGUCAACCUGGUCAUUCGUUCAGAGCGGACUGGUGCCUUGACCUUCACGGUUAUUUAUCCCGCGAAGAGUUUGCCGCUAGACUUAACCAGAUUAAUAAUCAUGUUCAAAGCGUUGAACUAAUGACCUACAAAACAAAAAACUUAUUAUAUUAUAUCGCUUCUAUCGGUUCUGUCUUAUUAUCAGUUAUUUUCAGUGUAAUUAUGCAAUCAGCAACUGGUUUACCUAUAGGCUUUAGUAUAUCCGGAAUUUUAUUCUUUAUCGCCAAAUAUAUGAUCGAAAAAAAUGCUGCUGAACGUGCAAUAGCAUUUACUAAUCUCUUAAACGAACUUUUUGCACAAUAUAACAAACAUGAAACCCCAACUGUUAAUUGGAAAUUCUGGUGGGUUCAUUCCUAUGAAAGUUACGUUACUGGGUUGGAUGGAAGAGCUUAUGGAAAUGGUCAUAUAAAUAAGUUAAAAAUGCGUUAUGGUAUUAGUAUUAAAUUUGCGGCGCUAUUUGCUGACAACGCAUUAAUAAUUCUUGAAAUCAAUGAUGCCCUCUCUGAUCUUACCAAAAACACUGUUGGUGUGAAUCUUAAUGCUAAUAAUAACUACGUUAAUAAUAACUACACCAGUAAUAACUACGCCAAUAGUGUCAACAAUUCUAAUAAUGCCAACUAUUCUAAUGAAAUGAUGAUUGUUAAUAAUAAUAUUCCUGUUCAAAAUGUCCCAAUUAAUAGCACACAGGCUAUGAUGUGA